AUGUUAAUUGAUAUAGGUUUACACUGUAUGUCUACAAUUACAGUGAUUCUUUUCUACGUUAAACGAAAAAUUUUAGUAUCCAUAAUCAAUAAAAUCAUUUACGUCCACAAUGAAUUAAAAGAAAACCGUAUUUAUAAUAGUCAAUGGCGAGACAAUACUUAUGAAGUAUUAAUAGUUGUGAUGCAAAUUAUUAUAAUUUUUGUUGUUAAUAUGAGAGCUUUUGAAACCAAACAACAGCUAUCUUCUUUUUAUAAUAUCGCAGCCGGAUGUAUUCUUGAAGGUGUUGUGAUUCAAUACGCUCUUUGCGUUAAUUUUUUAAGAAAAUUAAUUCAUAGCUUGAAUGAAUCACUUUUGUCAUUUGCAAAUAAAGUUGAUGAAUCCUCGAAUGAGUUUUUACAUUUCAAUAAUAAUUUACAUUCCGAUAUUAUAAAAAAAUUUAUUUUUAUCCGAAAAAUGCAACGUUGUAUCUAUUAUGAAAUAACUCAAGAAUUAUCAAAUUUCUAUUCAUAUUUUGACUGUCCUCGAAUCAAGUCUGAGAUGGAACGAUUCUCCAUGGAAUUAUUGCAUGGAGAAUACUGUUUUACUGCGUCUCACUUCUUUUCAAUUGAUAGUACGCUCAUGAUAUCUAUUGUUAGUACCACGAUAACCAUAUAUGAUCAUUCUACUAAAUUCUUUUCAUACCGAAUAGCUAUUUAUUGACCAAACAAGUUCAGAUAAAU